ACUUCGAACAAUCCAAUCAAUUAUUUUUGGAAGAAUUCGAUUUUACAAAGAUUUUACAUACACGGUUUUAGUUGUUUACUAGGAAACUAACAUAAAUAUACAUAGGUGGACAUUUUACCGUGUAAACAGUGUAGAUAUAAAGUUUUUAUUCAGUGUUUUUAUUAUUGUGCUGUAGAAACCUGUGAACAAUGUGAAAAUCAAGAGACCGACGCACAGUUUUGUCGAGUUUAACGCAAUAAUUACUCUUUAUCGCAUAUCCUUAUCAUAACUAUUGCAUUUCCGAUGUCCUGGCGUUCAUAGUUUAUUUUGGUAGAAGAUGUUCGGUGAUAACGAGUGGAAUUGAUCAGUAUUAAGUUCGUCCAUUUCGGAAGCUCAAUGUGUUUGUGAAGUUCCUCACCAUGGCUAGUGAUUUACCUAAUUCGUCCAACAGUGAAUUGAAGUGAUUUUCGUGUGCGAUGCGAGUGUUUAGCGCCAUCUGUUGUCGAGUGGCUGUGAUGUGGUGAUGGAGGCGGGGUUCAUACCGGUGAGCGGCGGCGGCGCGGGCGGAUCGGUUCCGCCGCCCGCCGUCGUAGCGCCAGCGGCGCCGAACGUCAUACGAGCGCCGGGCCUCAAGCGCGGGAAGAUGGAGGAGGCCAUCUCGGACCGGAUCAAAUUGGAGUCUGUGUUCGGGCUGACGGUGAGCAGCAACGCGGCCCUAGACUGCGACCCCAACACCGAGCUGGUGGCGUACCCGGCAGGAUGCACGGUGGUGCUGUACAACGCGCGCAAGAAUCGGCAGACGCACGUGCUCAACUCGUCGCGCAAAAGCGUCACGUGCGUGGCGUUCUCGCCGGACGGCCGGUACCUCGCAACCGGCGAGUGCGGACACGCGCCCGCUGUGAGGGUGUGGGAUUUACAGGAUCCGACGGCGUCUGGGGCUGUGCAAAUAGCUGAAUUCCCCGGGCAUACGCAUGGCGUAAGCUGUGUGGCUUUCUCCACCUCAUCAAAGUACCUGGUAUCCGUGGGUUCCCAGCAUGACAUGAUAGUCAAUGUGUGGGAUUGGCGUGCCAACUUAAAACUAGCUAGUAAUAAGGUGUCAUCCAGAGUGAAGGCUGUGAGCUUUUCAGAGAGCGGCAAUUAUUUUGUGACUGUGGGCUUCAGACAUGUGAAGUUCUGGUACUUGGAAUACUCUAGAAAUGCUAAGGUGAAGGAGCCCGUGCCGCUGAUGGGUCGGUCGGCUAUCCUCGGCGAGCAGAAGGACAACGAGUUCUGUGAUGUAGCGUGCGGGCGCGGCGCCGCUGCGGGCAGCACGUACGCCAUUACCCGCGGCGGGCUACUGUGCGAGUUCAACGCGCGACGCCUGCUUGAUAAGUGGGUGGAGCUACGGACGACGUCAGCGAACUGCAUGGCGCUGGGCUCCGAGUACCUGUUCGUGGGUUGCGCGGAGGGCAUCGUGCGGUGUUUCGAGCCGAGCACGCUGCGGUACGUCACGACGCUGCCGCGCACGCACUACCUCGGCGUCGACGUGUCGCAGGGCACCGGUAUCAGUCACAUGUUCAGCCAGCCGAACAACGCUCGAUAUCCAGACGCGGUGGCGCUGACUUACGACGAGCGCAACCACAAGCUCACGUGCGUGUACAACGACCACAGCCUGUAUGUGUGGGACGUAAGGGAUAUUAAACGGGUGGGCAAAUCCCACUCGGCGUUAUACCAUUCGGCGUGCAUAUGGGGCGUGGACAUGGUGGGCGGGGACGGGCCGCUGCCGACGGGCACGUUCCUCACGUGCUCCAGCGACGACACCGUGCGCAUGUGGUCGCUACGGCCUCAAGAGCCCAAUAUAUACAGCAACGAAUUAACCAAAGUGCUAUACAUAGAUCCUGAGCUUAAGUUUUUGAAAGACGUUGAUCUGACGGCUACUAGUGAUAAGGACAAGUCGAAGACUUACGACGACAAGAUCGGUGUGAGAUGCGUGCGCGCUUCGCCGGACGGUCGGCAUAUAGCGGCGGGCGACCGCGCGGGCAACGUGUGGGUGCACGGCGCGGGCGGCGCGCGGCUACACGCGCUCGAGGCGCACGACGCGGAAGUGUUGUGUCUCGAGUACAGCGCCACGCCCCGCCUCCUCGCCUCCGCGUCACGUGACAGGCUGAUACACGUGUUCAGCGUUGAUCAGGGCUACCAGAUCCUGCAGACGUUAGACGAGCACUCGUCGUCGAUAACGGCGGUGCGGUUCCUGAACUCGGGCGGCGCGCUGCAGAUGGUGUCUUGCGGCGCCGACAAGACCAUACUGUUCAGGCAUCUCAAGACGGGUCAAGACGGCAGCCAUCAAUUCGCGCGCGGACAGAACGUGUCCGGGCGCACUACCCUGUACGACAUGGAGGUGGACGCCGGCGGUCGGCACAUACUCACUGCUUGUCAGGACCGUAACGUGCGAGUAUACAGCGCGUCGCAUGGCCGACACACCAAAACAUUCAGAGGGACAACAGCCGAAGACGGAACGCUUAUAAAGGUGGCACUAGACAGCAGCGGUAUCUAUCUCGCUACCUCCAGCACGGACAAGCUGCUGAGCGUGUACGACUACUACUCCGGCGAGUGUAUGGCCACCAUGUACGGACACUCCGAAAUCGUCACCGGCCUCAAGUUUACUCCCGAUUGUCAGCACCUGGUGUCGGCGAGCGGCGACGGAUGUAUAUUCGUGUGGCGCGUACCGCACGACAUGGUGGUGACGAUGCGCGCGCGACUCGCGCAGCAGGCGAUACGGCAGGGCAGGAAGGUGGGAACGAAUGGCGUGGCGGCGGUGUGCGAGAGCGAGCCGGACGCCCGCAGCUCGCCGCCGCGCGACGCGCCCGACCCGCUUGACCCGCUCAACCCUCUCAACCCGCCAGACUACACAUUGCGAAUCGGUCGUUUACCGUCGUGGGCAAAGAAGAGUUUGGGUGACGAGUUGGCCGCGCCGGAGACACCGAAUCCGGAACCACCGCCGAGAGGGAAAUGGGCUACACGAAUACUACCCCCACCUGACAAACGUGGCGAUUCAGACGGCUCAAAGGACAGUUCUAUAGACAGCGGCACAGACACGAGGUAUAUAGAGAAGAGAAGAGAACUGAACGUGAAACAGAGGCCGAAAUCGCUCAACUUGUCUCAACUGCCGCGCGUCGAGGCUCUCUUCAGGAACUUUGACGCGAAAAUGAAAACAACUUACGAUAUAUUGACAAUAUCGCCGAGAGUCGAGAAGGUGACACUAAACCUAUCGAAAACUCGUACAAACGAGGUGCGAACUCGGCACCACACUGACGACUCGUCUCUUGGCAGUAUAAAGUUCGAGGACCACGAGUCUACGGAGCACGAUGGUGAUAUCGAGGACAUAUCGGACGGGGAGCGGACCUCGUCGUCCGAGAGCCGCAACCGCCCCACUUACUACCCGGGCAACAACGACGAUGAAACUCCUAGCGAGUUCAUGGUGACGGCGAUGGACGCGGCCGAGCUGCGGCAGUCGGUGCGGCGCUCCAAGCGGUGGGCGGCGCCGACCACGCCCGCGGCCACGCCCACACCGACGAUCGCUACGUCGCUCAGCGGCUCGCCUCACGACUCCGAGGACGAUGAGGUAUCGACGCCGUCGGGCGACAACGGCGACCGCAACCCGCUGUCGGGGUCGUGCGAGUCGAUAGACACCGCCGGCCGCCGCGAGAAGUACCUCAAGUCAGCCUUCGACAGCCUGAGUGGGGUUGAGGAGAGCACGCUGCCGGGAGGUCAGCGGUCAUUAUCAUCGCAGCACAUGCAACAGCGAGUACCGGACCCGGAGGCGGCGCGGCGGCGGGAGGAGCUCCAGCGACGCAUACGCGAGACAAGGAAGCAGCUCGAGAGUGUAGCAUUUAGAUCGAAUCUCAAGUCGAGUCAGUCGACUACGGACCUUUCGUACAUACCGGAGAAGGAUGGGUCCAGGCGCAACAGGCCGGUAUCCAUGGCUGUGCCGAGCAAUCCGAGACCUUAUGCGCGCUCGUUAGCGCCGCCGGAGCCGGAGGAGGGGAUGCGGCGGGCGAUAUCCCUGUCCGACCUGGCCAAGCCCGUGCCCGCGCCCAGGAUGAACCAAGGUGCGCCGAAGCCCGCGCCGCCGGCAACGAAGUCGCCGAGCGGGUUCGUGCGGCCCGCGCCAAGACACACCAAGACCAACAUGACCAGGAGUUCCAGUGUUGGCGUGCUCAAUCAGAGCGACUCGGAGUCUGACCAGCCGACGCGCCAGCAGGCGAUGCGCGCUCAGGGUCUCAUGCGACCUACCAUCAGCUCCAUGAACAAGGCCGCCGCCAACACGCGCCGACGUAUGCCCAACUCCUAUUACACAGAUUGCUUCGUAGCGGGGCGCUCGGAGUCGUCGUCUGAGGAGGGGGCGGAGGGCGCGGCGACGCAGCACCGCCCCCGCGCCGCCUCCGCUGACCGCGCCCAGCGACGGAUAGGUCGCAGCGGCAGCGAGCGGGAUAUCUCGGCAAAGGCGCGCGAGGUGACAGCACGACUCACUACCAACACGCGCCAGCGGAACAAGCCCGACACGCCGCCCGACAAGGACCUAUCGCCGGCGGAGCUAUGCGCAUCGUUGAAGGAGCAACUAACACGCACGGCCGGCAAAGUGGUGCAGCUGUACCGCACACUGCAGCACGAGCCCGGAGCCGCCGCGGAGAUCAGCGGUCUGGAGGCGGCAAUAGUGGAGACGCAAAAAGUGCUGCGUGGAGCCGUGAGCGCGCAAAACGGCACGGACGGAGACGAGCGUGCGCUUGCCGACGCCGCCAGGCACCGCCUCGACAGGGUAGCUAAAGAAGCGACCUCAUCAGGUAACCCUGCCAUAUCACUGAUAGAGCAGUAUUCGGACAUCCUCCUCAACAUGAUGCAGAGCAAGAUGGUGAAUCAGUUUUCCCAGAGCCCGCAGAGCCUGCCGCCCGCCGCGAGAAACGAGGGAGACAGCUAGUACAUAGACAGGGACGACUAAACCAAAUAUUGUAUUACUAAUAAGGAUAACAUUCGUAGAUUCAUGACUUUGAGUGGUUCGUGUUUAGGUCUUGAGUCAGUCUGACUUAAAGUUAAUCUUGGAUUGUUACUCUUCUUCAGUAUUUAUGAAAGGGCUUACAAUAUGAUAACAGACGAAUAUAAUUGUCGCAAGCGGGGUAAAGUGUUGCGUUGUUUGUAUUUUAAAAAGAAAAUGACAUUGAAAUUAUAACAUCAACUCUGUCUUUUUAAACUUAUAAUAAUAUUCUAAGCUAUGAGUAUUUUAUUUCACUCAACUAUGGCAUGUCAAAAUCAUGCGAAUUAAAAUAUCUAAAUCAUUGUAACUAAUACUUUGCUAAUUUUUGUGCUACCUUAUACUGUAACUAUUCUACUUAUUUCUACUGUAUUGAACUGUUUUACUUGUAAUUAUGUAAAUAUUAUUCUUAUGUUCUAACAUUUUUAGUCUUCCUAAGUUAUAUAUUCUGGAUAUGAAUACGCGCUGCGUGAUUGGCUGUCAGAUGAAGCGUUAUGCGCGCCCACCUUUGUAAUAUACUUUGCAUUUAUACUUAAUUUGCAUUUUAAAGGCGACCAUUUUGUUACAUUCCGCCAUCUUAUGACGUAUGACGUGUAUUACUGAUACAGUCGUUUCAUCAUACUAUAAUUGUCGACAAAUUAUGUUUUAUUAUCCUACUCGAAAAAAGGAGGAGGUAAUAAUUGUUUGCGGCAAAUGUCAUAAUUAAAACUAAGUAAAUGUCUAGUGUGAUUGUCUAACGGAAUAAAUAAUUCGCUCACCAUGUUUGAUAUUUAAGGUUAAAUAGGACGCUGUUAAAUAAUUAAGAAUAAAAAACAACAAAAGCAUUGACAGAAUGAGAGGAAAAUAUGUGUAUGGCUCCUUUGAGUACUUCGUGUAGGAGAAAACUUGAAGUCACAAUUUUUAACAAUCACAAUUUGUAGCGACAAGUUUAGGUAUUAGAAUUAUUGUCUGUAAAUAGAAGCUUUGAUUUUACGAAGUCGAAGACAAAAUAUAUUUUCAUUGAUUAUGACAUUCCCUAUUUAAACAUUCGUCCUUUUUGAAGAAUGUGUGAUAUCUCUCAGUAUUGCCUCUCUUUCUCAGUGUUGCCAAUUUUUUUCAAACAACGAAUGAAAGAGAACGCAUGAGAGAUAUUUGACACGUUUUAAAUGAAAUAAAAUCGUCAAUUUGAGCCGUCGCUUUUGCAAUUAAUUAUAUUAUUAAAUCGUAAUUUUAAUAAGUAAUAGACACAAAGCUAACUACGGCUAUUUAAACGAUGUAAAAACGGUACCAACCUAUUUUUACUUAUGAAUAAUUGUAUUUAUGUAUAUUCAUUUAAUUUUGAUAACUGUCAAAUAUUCUACAUAAAUAAAUGAUAAUAAUAUUAUGUUCACACAUGAUGAUUACUAAGCAUGAUAGUUUAAUAGGUUUUGUAUUUAAUUCCAAAAAACAUUCAAUUAUUGCUGUACGUGAUUCUGCAUGCACGAUGUCAAAGACUAUUUGACAGCUGUCAAAAUGCGCGCCAACAUUGUAAAUGCAAUAUUGUAGGGUCAUUGACCUAAUAAUGUAGAUAGUUUUUUUAUUUAAUGUUCAAAAUUGUAAUGCCAUUUACGAAAAAGACUAAUGUUCAUAUAAAUAAUGUUUAGUGUAAUAUUAUACGAUAAAUAUUGUU